AUGGGGUUGGGGGGGCCGCCCCCGGGCAGGGCGCGCGGCGGCGACGGCGGCUCAGGCGCGCGGCGACUGAGACGCGGGCGGCGGCGGCUCCUGCGCGCGCUCGGGCUCCUGCGGCCGCCCCAUCCCAGCGGCUCGCCCGGGAAGGAGAGCGGGGAGGGCGGCGCGCGGCGGGCUCGUUCCGGCAGCCUGUGCAGCGGCGGCGGCGGCAAGCCCUGCGCGCUCCGGUGCCGCUUCCUCCUCGCCCUCCUUCUCCGGAGAGUUCCUCUCAGUGCAGCGCUGGCGCCCGAGGGGAGGCGCGGAGGGGAAGGGAGGGGACGGGCGGAGGGGAGCGAGGAAAGCGGGGAGGGCCGGAGAGGUUCCGUGCGCUUGUGGCCUCUUUCAUCUAUUCAUAACAAAGCUGAGCCGCCUGCCGCUGCCGCUGCCGCCGCCACCAUCGCCCCUUGGCUCGCCCGGGGCUCCCGGGGCGCGCUAACAGUGCACCGAGCUGGCUCCUGCGCCUGUCCGCCUGCGGGGCUGUUCCAACGUUCGGGUUUUGUUUACGAGAGCAGCGGGGGGGAUACGCAAGGCUCAGGGAACUGGGACCCAGGGCGCCGAAGGGUUGCAGCUGAGGCCCGGAUCUCGGGCCACUGGGAGGCUGCGAGGGCGGCUGACAGAAAGGGGCCCCAGAGGAUGCACAAUACCUCCCAGUGUCCUGAGGCAGCUGAUAGCACCACCAGCACCCUUACCGUCUGGCAGGUGAUCCAGGGGGUGCAGCAGGGGGACCCCGAGGACCCUAUGCACCCCUGGGAAAGGAUCUCUGUCCUGUCUCAGGCUAUUUCCAGGCCAGAGCCCCCAGGGAGCUUUGCUCAAGUCUAUGUGGUCUUCCACGUCGAGGACUUUAUCAGAGCCGCUAGCCCCCUUUGUGACUGA